GAGAGGAGACAUCCUCCUCAGUCUCAGCCAGCCCUCGUAUAUACUGUAAAUAUACGGCUGGAAACACGUGCUGAUACAUUCAUAGAAUGUUGUGGAGAUUUUUAAUGUUUAAUAAAUAAUACAUGUGUUGUGAAUAAUAUAAAUAAUAAAACAUUCAUGUAACGAUUCGGAGGAAUUCAUAAAUGACGAAAAAUAUUUACGUUGCACACACACACGUGAAAUCUAAACCACGCGUAGGAUCAACGAACGUUCACAAUCUAAUAGCAAUGCAUCAGAAGAAGAAAUUGAAAAAGUUCCAAUCGCACUUCAGUGCGAAACUAAAGGUCAUUGGGAGCGGAGCACCAGGAAUCCCAGCUUGCCUCUACCUUAUAUCGGACCACUCGAAUUAUUUAUUUAACUGUGGAGAAGGUACUCAGCGUUUGAGCCAAGAGCAUCAUUGUAAAUUAUCUAAAAUAGAUAAUAUAUUUGUGACCCAUCUCACAUGGAAAAAUAUUGGAGGGAUUCCUGGCUUGCUUUUAACAGCACAAGACAAUGGUUUGACUGCAGUGAACAUUCACUGUUCCGAAGGAAUAGACAGUUUUGUAGAAAUAACUAAAUCGUUCGUCAAUUUUCCAAGUCUGAAGAUUUCUUAUCCUUUCAACAAUGGAUCGAAGGUGUACGAUGAUCACGUGAUGUCAGUUUCUUAUGUUCCCAUAAUGAAAUCUGAAAAAUAUGCCGAGGAAAGUUGUUCUGAUUUGUAUACUAAAAAUAUGUAUCAUACAAAUGUAAAUGGUAAAAGAGUUAUCGAUGAGAGAACGCAAGAGGAAGAUGGGAGAACGGAAAAAAGAAUGAAAGGCAUUUCACGCACCAUGUGUUUCAUCUGCGAGGUACAUCCGAAGCGUGGGAGACUGUUACAGCAGAAAUGUAUAGAUUUCGGUAUAGCACCCGGGCCUCUUUAUGAAAUGUUGAAGAAAGGAUUGAACGUUGUUAAAGAAGAUGGAACAAUUGUUCGUAGUAAAGAUGUGUGCGACCCAGAUCGUCCUAAAGUCACUUUUAUAGUUGCCGAGUGCCCUACAGAGGAAUAUUUAGAUUCGUUCGUCAAUCAACCUGCUUUUUCCAAAUAUCAACAAUCGACCAACGAAGAGGAUAAAGUACAUUGUAUAUUUCAUUUCACUCCCGAGAACGUUUUCAACAGUGAACGAUAUCAAGAUUGGUUAAAUAAAUUUUCGGGAACCGAACACAUCAUUUUAAAUGACGGGAACUCUUGUAUGGGCAGCGAGGCUGUUCACAAAAAUCAGUACAUGUUGAACAUGUUGCAUCCCGAGAUAUUUCCUUUGCUCAGCAAGGAUUGCUUUACGGAGGACAAGAAGGUCGACAAUGAUUGUAUCCAUCACGGUAGAGCAAUGCAAACGAUCGAAAUACGACCAGAACCGAAGCAGUUGAUAAAACCCCAAUUCCACAAUCCCGCACAAACGUACAUCGACGAGAUCCUGCAAAUUCCUGCGCUCGCAAAUGUCCUGGAAGAAUUGAAGGCGAAUAUUGCUAAAAAAUCGUCCGAACUUAAUUUGGAUAACAUUCCAGAUUAUCCGAGGAUCGUGAUGUUAGGCACUGGUUGCAGCGUACCAAAUAAAGUUCGAAAUACGAGUGGCAUUCUUUUGCGAAUUACCGAAGACAGUAGCAUGUUAUUAGAUUGUGGCGAAGGCACUCUUGGCCAGCUAAUUAGGUUUUACGGAAUUUCGAAAAGCAACGAUGUUAUGCGUAGCAUUAAAGCCAUUUACGUAUCGCAUAUACACGCAGAUCAUCACUUAGGACUUAUUGGUUUACUGCUCAGAAGAAAACGCGUAACGAACGACACGUUACAUUUACUAAUACCGAAAUCUAUGAUAUCGUGGCUGAACUUUUACAACGAUCAGUUUGAAUCGAUCAAUCAGCAAUACACAAUAGUGAGCAAUUCCGAUUUAUAUCUGAAUCAUCACCAGUUACCUGUGACUAUUGAGUCUGUGCUUUACAACGCGUUAAACGUUAAAGAGAUCAAUACAAUUUACGUGAUGCACUGUAAAUACUCGUUUGGUAUCGCUAUCACUCUCAACGACGGCAAGAAGAUUGUUUAUAGUGGUGAUACCAUGUUCUCCCAAAAUCUCGUACAAUUGGGACAAGAUUGUGACUUGUUGAUUCACGAGGCCACGAUGGAGGACGGCCUUGAAAAAUUAGCAAAACGUAAAUGCCACGCGACGACAUCGGAGGCAAUCAACGCUGGAAAGUUUAUGAACGCAAAAUUCACAUUGCUGACGCAUUUCAGCCAGCGUUAUUCGAAGAUCCCCGCGAUCCCGGAGAAAGAGACGAACGUUGGACUCGCUUACGAUAAUAUGGAGCUAAAAUUACCGCAAUUACCUCUGUUGCCCCUUUUCUAUCCCUGUAUUAAAAUAAUGUUUAACGAGUACAACAAAGUUAUAGACGGAUAAAGAUUCUGACGAGCAGUUGUAAAAUAAACAAUAUUUUGAUAAUGAUCACACAUUUCUGUUUACGUGAAAUGAUCAAGACGGAAUGUUCAAUAGCAGAAUUUAUUGCUUA